AUGAACGGCGUGCGUUCGCGGAGGCAGGCGUCUGCCGAGAAGAAGGAGUCGAGUCCAAACGCAAAGGGAAGCAGCAAUGGCAGCGGCCACGGUCAUGCUGCUGCCGCCGCUACAUCUGACGAGCCAUACCCGCGCGAGAACAUUUUCCUGUUCUGGCCGAACGUGAUCGGCUACUGCCGUAUCGUCCUGGCCAUCGCCUCGCUCUACUACAUGCCGCUGCAUCCCCGCACCUGCUCACUCCUCUACAGUAUCUCGUGCCUCCUGGAUGCUCUCGAUGGCUAUGCCGCACGCUACUUUGAGCAGUCCACGCGCUUCGGUGCUGUGCUCGACAUGGUGACCGACCGCUGCACUACCUCCUGCCUGCUCGUCUUCCUGUCGACUGCCUUCCCCCGCUGGGCCAUCGUCUUCCAGGGCCUCGUGUCGCUCGACCUUGCUAGUCACUACAUGCACAUGUACGCCACUCUCGCCAUGGGUGGCUCCGAUACGAGCCACAAGUCCGUCGACCGGUCGCGGAGCUGGCUCCUCAACUUGUACUACACCAACAAGACGGUCCUCUUCGUCUUCUGCGCCCUCAACGAGCUCUUUUUCAUUGCGCUCUACCUGCUCUCGUUCUCGUCCCCCAUCCUCCAGCCCUCGCUGCUAAAGCCGAUUGACCCGGUGCUGGCGGCCGGCGGCCUGCACGCAGGCGCGCAAAUCAACUCGUCCAUCUUGCGCCAGAUCUUUGCGAACCCGCACAGCGCAGCGGCGCUGGAGAUGGCCCGGGCCAACAAGAUGGACUCGUUCUGGCCGUGGGUCCUGGCGGGUGUCAGCUUCCCCAUCAUGGCCGGCAAGCAGAUCCUCAACGUGAUCCAGCUGGUCAAGGCAAGCAAGUGGCUCGCAGAGGGCGACGUGCAGGCCCGCCGCGCUGCCGGUCUUCCCCGCCGCCGGUAA